UAUUUUACACGGGGAUGUUGUCACAGUUCAUGAACGUUCUACUACAAGUGUUGGUACACAAGUCACAUGACCUGCUACAGGAGGAGAUUGUUGUGACCAUAUAUAACAUGGCCUCUGUAGACUUUGACAGAUUCUAUUCGGAAUUCUUGCCGCAUUUCCUCACAGGAUGUGACGGCCUAGAUAACGGACAGAAACAUAUGCUAGGGCAAAACUUUAAAGUGGAAAAGGAUCUCCCAACAUUUACACAGAAUCUACAGAGAUUUGUGAAUGAUCUGAGAUACUACAGACUUAUGAACACUAGUUUACCUGCGGGAUCUGUGCAAUUUUCAUGAUGUUCAUUAGUUGUUAGUGUGUUUUAUUUAAGUAAAAAAUCAAUUGCGCAUCUGCGCAGUCUGGUCAGGAUCCAUGCUGUUCACUAUCAGUUUCUCUACUUGUAAUAGGGUUGGUAAGCGACCAGCAUGGAUCCUGAUCAGACUGCGCAGAUGCGCAGGCUGGUCUGGAUCCAUGCUGGUCGCAAACGCACUAUGUUGGUUUUGUCGUGACGCGUCUCAAUUGUUUCUGAAUGACAGCUUAUGCCAUUAGAGCAAGCAGCAAUUAUCAACUGUCUAAGUAUGCUGUCAAUAAAGAGUAAGGUCAGCCGGAGCAACCAUGCAGUCAAAUUAGGAAUUUGCCUUCAGAUGCAUGCAGUCCAAUGUGGGUCUGUAUUCCUCAAGUUAGGUCAGUUCAUACUAUUUUCAUGUUGAAAACUUCUAAAUGGAAUGUUCUAUCUUCAAAUUAGGAUGAGUUCACGACACAAAUUCAGUAAAGUAAGGGUUCAGUCUACUUUUUGUGUAAUCUCAAUUAUUGACUAAGGUUUUGCAUAGAAAUUUCUAAAAAAAAGUAUUUUUUAAUGUUUAUAUUGGCUUAAGUAUCAGUCAUGUUAUAGUUAUCAAGUGAUUGUUUGGUGCUAUGUCUAGUAAUAUCUUUAUUAUCAUUAUCAAUGAUAUUCUUAUUGUAUUGGUUUUGACACAGUUAUUGAAUUUAUUUUCAUUCUUGAUUGGUAAAUCACUAAUGUUUAUUGGCUGAUCACUAUCCUGAUACAGCUACUGCUAAGAUAAACUGCAUGCUCACUCCAUCAUCACCUCAUUAACUUCUUACAUCUUCAGACCUUUUCUUUGCAUUUAAGAUUUUUGAAAAAGUAACUGUUCACAGACAGGAUUUCCUUUUAUUUAGAAAUUCAUAUAUUAUCUGGGAAAAAUCCCAAAACUUAUAGAGGUAAAAGGCUUGUUUUAGUAAUUUUUAAAUACAUAU